AGGACGGAAGUGCAGUAUUAUCCACGCAAGCUCUCCGUCCGUUCGCUGAGGACUUGAAUAUUUCAUUUCAGAGAAGCCGGAGUUGCUUUCAAACGACGCAGAGGCAUGUGAGGAGAUGUCGGAGGUUUCGUCAGUGUCGCGCCGCGGGCCGUACGUCAGCAUGAUCACCAGCCGCAGUGUGAACCUGCUGAUCCGCGCCGCCAUGCUCUUCACGGUGGGAGUGUUUCUGGCGCUGGUGCUGAACCUGCUGCAGGUGCAGAGGAACGUCACGCUCUUCCCUCCGGACGUCAUCAGCAGCAUCUUCUCCUCCGCCUGGUGGGUUCCUCCCUGCUGCGGGACGGCUGCAGCACUGAUCGGUCUGCUGUACCCCUGUAUGGACCGGCGUCUCGGGGAGCCUCAUAAGCUGAAGAGGGAGUGGUCCAAUGUGAUGCGCUGUGUUGCUGUAUUCGUGGGCAUCAACCACGCCAGUGCAAAGGUGGACUUUGCCAACAACGUGCAGCUGUCGCUGACGCUAGCGGCUCUGUCUGUGGGCCUGUGGUGGACGUUUGACCGCUCGCGAAGCGGUUUUGGACUGGGAGUGAUCAUCGCCAUCCUCGCCACGCUCGCCACUCAGCUGCUGGUCUACAACGGAGUCUUUCAGUACACGUCCCCUGAUUUCCUCUACAUUCGCUCCUGGCUGCCGUGCAUCUUCUUCGCAGGAGUCAUCACUGUGGGCAAUAUAGGACGACAGCUGGCUCUGUACGAGUACAAAGUGAGUCAGGAAAAGAGCCACCAGGACUGAUGGAGGAUCCUCUGGAGGGCUCUGUGUUUGAGGAUGGACAGUGUUUAUGAAGCUUCUCCUGCCUCCUCUGACCGCAAUCAUCAUCAUCAUCAUCAUCAUCACGCACACUGAAACACUUCUGACCGCAGCAAAAGUGCCAAACAGACUCUCACGGCCGAGAGCGAAGCCUGUUCAUCCGGACACAUCACAAUCAUUGUUUUCUCCACUCGUACGGGUGGAGGAAAACACAGACACUGCUGGAUCUCAUUCAUCAUGAAAUGUUCAAAUAUGUGUGUGUUCACUUAAUUAAUUAUUCCUCCAAGUGUCAUUUCAACCCGCUGAGAGCUUCGUUCAUCUUCAGGACACAAAUGAAGAUAUUUUAGAUUAAAUCUGCUAUAUAUUGAGUACUUGGAACUGGAAUUGCCAUAACUAUAUGAAAUGAUGCUGAUAUGAGCACUCUAAAGUAUCCUUAUAGCUUGAUGAAACUCAGAUUGAGCCACGGACGUCUGUUUUGAGGAUGUGUUUGGUCUUUUUUUGGACCCUUGCUGUUUAUGGAGGACGAGAGAGCUCCAGGAUUUCAUCUAAAAUAGCUUCAUUUGUGUUCAGAAGAUGAACAAAGCUCUCAGGGGAUUGAAACAACAUUGGCGAGGUGUUUUAAUUUUGUGUGAACUGACCCUUUAAUGCAUAGAGUAUUAUAUCAGGGCAUCUUCUUCAUCAUGAGGGGUUCGUAAGACAUCCUGAAGUGUCUCAGAUCCUCCACAGACUCAACAACACUUCAGUUUCUCAGCACUGAAUCUUCAGAUGGGCUUCAACAAGCGGUUUCGUACUGCUGUCAUUACUAGUUUAAUGCUAGUUUCUCAUUCCUGAUAGUAACCUGGUGAUACCGACCCAUUCUGAAGGACUCAGCACAAAAAUAGUUUCGAGUUUUUGUGUUGUUUCUAGUUCAGAAAUCUCAAAAUUGUCAAAUCUAGAAGUGUUUUCUGGACAAGUAAAGCAGAUUGUCUUGUUUUCAGAAAUAAUAAGCCCAAAUUAAAUGGGUUUUUCAUUGAAACAAGCAAAAUAAUCCACCAAUGGGGUGAGUAAACGCUUUAAACUGAAUACUAGUUUAUCUUACUUUGCUUGUUUUAAGGAAAAACUGGUUUAAUUUAGUCUCAUUCUCUCUGAAAACAAGCCAAUAUUUUAUCCUUGUCUAGAAAAUGCUUCUUGAUUGAACGUUUUUAGGUAUUUAAACUAGAAAUGAGACAAAAACUCUUAAGAUUUUUCGUUUUUUGCAGUGUGAUCAAUGCAAAAUGCACCAGAGUAAUAGUAAAUGGUUCGUUCACUCAUGACAAGAUGAAGAUUCUGUUGUUAAUUACUGUCCCUCAUGUUAUUUCAGUCUUCAGAGAGCUUCGUUCAUCUUCUGAACACGAAUGCGGAUAUAUUAGAUGUAAUCCUGGAGCUCUCUUCGUCCUCCAUAGACAGCAAGGGUCCCGAGAUGCUCGAAGUGCAGAAAAGACGAAACCAUCCUCAACACAGGCCACGUGUGUUCAGUGUUCAGCUGGAAUCAUAUGAAGCUCCAACAACACUUAUGUGUUAUCACCAAUAACUUCAGUAUUAGAUCAAUACGAUGUUCAUGGAUGUUGCAUUGAUGACUCUAAUGGCAGUAUGAUUUACUGUCCAUAGUAAACACACACUCGGAUGAGCUGAUUGGAAAGAGAAAACAUUGGCAAACAAAGUCAAACAUGAUGUUUGACAUGGCAAAAACGGUUUUGUUUUUUUUUGUUUUUUGCUGUAUUCGUCAGUUUUUGCACUUAAGAGUGUUCUUGGAUCUUUAACUGUAAUCAUACGAAAGUCCAGAAACACCUUUGUGUGGCAAAAAGAAAUGUAAAAACAGCAGAUGUAUAGCAAAAAACAGUCAAAACAACAAUUAUGCAGCAAAAAAUAAAUAACGUGAAGCAUAAAAAACCUGUAAAACAAAAAAUGUGUGGCUCAGCAAGUUUAAAACACACCAAAACAAAUGAACAAAACAAACAAACAAAUGUUUGCAAAGAAAAACCAUGUAAAAACAACAAACAAAUAUGCAGGAAAUAAUAUUAAAAUUAAAUGUGCACCAGAAAAACUAUUUAAAAAAAGUAACUGUGCAAAAAAAAACUGUACAAAAACAACAGCAAAUGUGCACAAGAAAACCCAGUAAAACAACAAUUAUGCAGCAAAAAAUACAACAAAAAAUGUGCAGCAAAAAUAUCAGUAAAAUUAAUUGUGGAGCAAAAAAUGUAAAAACAACAAACAAAUAUGCAGCAAAAAAAUGUUCAAAAUAAAUGUGCACCAGAAAAGCUAUUAAAAAAGCAAAUGUGCACAAGAAAAACUGUAAAAAAAAAAAAAAAAAAAAACAGCAGCAAAUGUGCCCCGAAUGAAAACCCAGUAAAAAUUUACAGUUAUGCAGUAAAAAAAAAUUGUAAAAACAAAAUAUUUGCAGCCAAAAAACUUAAAAAUAAAUGUGCGCCAGACAAACUAUAUAAAAAAGCAAAUGUGCACAAGAAAACCCAGUAAAAACAAAAAAAAAAUGUGCAGCAAAAAAGAAAUCCAUAAAAACAAAAUAUUUACAAACUAAAAAUGUAACACCAGAAUGACUAAAAAAACCAAUGUUUGCUAGGAAAAACCAUGAAAAAACAAUAAAUGUGCAGCAAAAAUCUGUAUAAACAUCAAAUGUGCUGCAAAAAAUAAAUGUGCUGCAAAUUAGUUUUUUAAAAUAAAUGUGUGCCAGACAAAACUAAAAACAAUUAUGCAGCAAAAAAGAAAACAAAAAAAUGUGCAGCAAAAAAAAAUCUGUUAAAACAAAAUAUUUGCGGCUCAAAAAUGUAAAAAAUACCAAAAUAAAUGUAAAAUGUGCAGCAGAAUAACUAAAAAAAACAUGUAAAAACGACAAAUGUGUUGCAGAAAACUGUAAAAAACCAACAACAAAUGUGCAGCAUAAAAACGGCAGUGAAUGCGUGCCCUGAUCUGAUUCUGAAGUCUGUGUUUACUGAGUGUUUACAGUUUUGUUUUGCCGCACAGAAGUGUUGUUGGAGCUUCAUAUGAUUCCAGCUGAACACUGAACACACGUGGCCUGUGUUGAGGAUGUUUCUGGUCAUUUCUGGACUUUGACCAUCUCGGGACCCUUGCUGUCUAUGGAGGAUGAAGAGAGCUCCAGGAUUACAUCUAAUAUAUCCGCAUUCGUGUUCAGAAGAUGAACGAAGCUCUCAGAGGACUAAAAAAACACGAGGAAGAGUAAUUAAUAACAGAAUCUUGACUUCUGGGUGAACUAACCCUUUAAAAUGAUUCCCAAUGACGAUUCUGACCAAAGCCUUAUAAUAUCAGCGUGAAGUGAAAAGAAGAGCGCCGUCUGUGACCUGAUUCUGGAUAAAUCAAGGGAGAUUUCUUUAGUUCUGUUUUGAUUCAUUAGCAUAUUUAAUGAAAUGUGGGUAAGAUGCGGAUUGAGCGGGAUGGAAAUGUGUUAUGAAGUGUUACACUGAGCUAAUAUUUAGGACUGAGCAGUUGUUGUGUUGUUCUCAUGCAUGGACGAUGAGCAACGGUUUGUAUUCAGCCUCUUUUAUUGAUUUUAAAGUGAAACGUUUGUUAUAACCACAUCUGCGCAUUAAAAGACUUUUGUUGAAA